CAGGCUCACACACUUAUGCCUUUAUCUCCUGCAGACGAUGUCCACAUGUCCGACAAGAUCACCAUCUCCAAGCAAUUCAAGGAGAAGGUCAUCCGCCCCAUCCUGAAGGCUCACUUCCGGCGGGACGAGUUCCUGGGCAGGAUCAAUGAAAUCGUUUACUUCCUCCCCUUCUGCCACGCAGAGCUCAUCCAACUGGUCAACAAGGAGCUGAAUUUCUGGGCCAAGAAGGCCAAAAUGCGGCACAAUAUCACUUUGCUCUGGGACAGGGAAGUGAUGGACGUCCUGGCUGAUGGCUACAAUUUGCACUACGGCGCCCGGUCGAUCAAACAUGAGGUCGAGCGGCGCAUUGUGAACCAGUUAGCAGCCGCCUACGAGCAGGACCUGUUGCCGCGGGGCUGCACCCUGCGCAUCACGGUGGAGGACUCGGACAAGAAGCUGCUGAAAACCAAAGACAGCUCCUCCUUGGAGGAGACCGAGAGGAAGGCCCCGACGCUGCGGUUGGAGAUCGUGGAGAAGGACAGCAAGCGCCGGAAACUGGACAUCCAGGUGCCCCUGAACCCUGACAAGAUCUCUUACUCCUUGUAGGCAUGGGGGGCCAGGCAACAAUAAAGUCACUAUGACACUCAGA